GUGCAGAUACUAAAAGGCAUCGACAAAGGCAAACAAGGAGUGGUCUGUUGGCUCAUCAAAGAGAGAAACUGGUGCUAUGUGGAGGGGCUCAAUUGUUUUUACAGAUGGUUGAAUAGAAGUGCCAACAACCCUGGCCUGCUCACUAAAGUUGAGAAGCCGCUCCUGGUGACUACGGAAGUGUCACUUCUGGACCCCAGUGACAUGCAACCCACAGGUGUGGAAUGGAGGUAUGAUGCAGAUGGCAACCGUGUCCGGGUAUCCUUGAGAAGUGGUCGGAUCAUUCCAAUGCCUAGAAAAGCUUUGGAUGAAGCUGAAGACUAUGUGGACAAGAAUGACUAUAUAGAACAAAUCUGGGAUACAAAAGAGAAAGAAUUAACCAAAGUGACCUUCCAGCCAGUUGCAUCAUCUUUUGAGCAGGACAUCAUGAACUCCAUGGGAAUCAAGGAAGACAGAAAGAGAGCUCCUAAAUUUUAUUACUGA